AUGGAGGAUAUGUUAAUAUCAUGUCUGACUGACUUUAAAGGUAAUUGGGAUGAUCAUUCGCCUUUGAUUGAGUUUGUUUAUAACAACAGUUACCACUCCAGUAUUCAGAUGACUCUAUUUGAGGCGCUUUAUGGUAGAACAUAUAGGUCUUCUAUAGGGUGGUUUGAGGUUGGUGAAGUGGCUUUGAUAGGUCUUGAGUCAGUUCAUGAGGCUAUGGAGAAGGUUCGACUUAUUAGAGAUAGGUUGGGAAUAGCCCAAAAGCUAGCACCACUGCAUCUAGUGUUUCAUGUGUCCUUAUUGAAGAAGAACAGUAAUGAUCCGACUUCAGUUUUGCCUUUGGAGAGUGUUUAUGUAAAGAAAAUUCUCUCUUACGAAGAGGUACCGGUUGAUAUUCUUGACCAUCAAGUUCGUAGGUUGAGGAACAAGGAAGUCACUUCAGUGAAAGUCCUUUGGAGGAAUCAGUUAGUUGAGAGAGCUACUUGGGAAGCAGAGGCAAAUAUGAUAGCCUAG